CAUGCUUCUUCUUGCUGCAGAAGUAGAAGAGCACCAUUUCCUCAAAAAAAAAAAAAAACAGAGAUCAUUACCGAAGCAAAGCCCAAAUCCGUCUGCAAGAGAACGGGCAAAAACAAAUUCUGCAUAAACCCUCGCGUCGAAUAAAAAAAAGUCCCCUCCACGGGCCGCCGCGCCGAGCGAGCAGCGAGCCGCCACCGCCGCACGACGGGAUGGCGUCGACGCCGGAGCCGGAGGACGGGAGGGAGCUCUACGCGCUGCUCCACCUCUCGCCGGACGCCUCCGACGAGGAAAUCCGCAGGGCGUACCGCCAGUUCGCGCAAAUCUACCACCCCGACAAGUACCAGGACCCCCAGAUGAAGGAAGUAGCAACUGAAAAUUUCCAACGAAUACGCGAUGCAUAUGAGAUACUAUCCGAUGAGAACAAAAGACAGAUUUAUGACAUCUAUGGUAUGGAAGGUUUAAAUUCUGGCCUGGAACUUGGUCCCAAACUAACUAAACCAGAGGAAAUUAGAGAACAGUUGGAACGACUGCGGCGGCGCAAGGAGGAAGAAAAAUUUCUCGUUCAUGCUCGACCCAAUGGCUCAAUCAUUGCUAAUUUCUCGGUGCCACAAUAUUUAGACGGUGAUGGCAUCAUGAAAGGAAUGGGAAUGUCUAGUGAAGUUGAGUUGCCAGUGUCCAAGCAAAAUACUGUCAUUGUUGGCGGGAAUUUGGUUGUCAAUGGCUCAGCUGGAACUGGAGCAGCAAGCACUGUGCUGCGGCACCAGUUAUCUUCUGUUUCCCAUAUUGAUUUUAUGGCAACAGCUGGACUACGCUCUGUUAUUGGCAUGCAGACAUUUCGUCAAAUUUCACCACAUUCUACAGCAACUUCUGGACUUGCUGUUUCUUUAAGAGAUGGAUCUAUCAACCUGUCAAAUGCUUGGACUCGCCAACUAUCUGAAAAUGCUGUUGGGAAUAUACAGCUAGUCCUUGGUGAUGAUUCAAGUAUUUCUGUUGGAUGGCAAAAGAAGGAUGAAAAAAGUACUGCAACAGGAGAAAUAAAGUUUGGAACUAAUUUCUUUGGUGCAUCUGCUCAUUACAUCCAUCGCUUCUCCUCCAAGUCUCAUGCUCGCAUUGCUGGUAGAGUUGGAAGCACGGCCCUUGAUUUUGAAAUUGGAGGAGGGAGGCAGGUAUCAGAAUUUAGUACUGUAAGGAUGAUGUAUAACAUAGGAAUUCAGGGUGUCUCUUGGAGAUUUGAGUUACAUCGUGCUGGUCAAAAGUUAAUUAUCCCAGUCUUGCUUUCGACUGAUUUAAACGCAUUAUUUGUUACCAGUGCAUUUGCUAUUCCUUCAACACUAUAUUUUCUGCUUCAGACAUAUGUUGUAAAGCCUUACUACCUUAAGCGAGAAAAGCAGAAGACGCUUGAAAAGAUGGAAGGCUUAUCUACACAGCUAACUGAAGCCAGAAAGGCAGCUAAAAAAGCUCAAAAAUUGCUGGAACCUGUCUCCAACCGUAAGAAGAAUAGACAGCUAGAGAACAAUGGGUUGGUGAUUACUAAGGCUCUGUAUGGUAAUCACAAAAAAAUCAAAGAGAGCAGUGAAUUGAAUGAAAUAAAUGAUGACGUCGCUUCACAAGUAUUUGAUGUGACCAUCCCACUGAACUUCCUCGUUACCGAGGCUGACCAGCUCAAGCAGCUUCACGAGGGGAUAAAGAAGUCUGGAAUAAUGGGCUUCUACGAUCCUUGUCCUGGAGAUCCGAAGCUGUUACUUGUUGAGUACACAUUUCAUGGUCGGAAAUACAAGGUCAUGGUGGAUGACUAUGAGGCGCUGUUGAUACCACAAGAUAUCCAUCAAUUUUGAAACUGUUAUACUGAUGUAAAGACACACUGAAACGAGAAGGCUCUUACUUUCCUCUUUCUUUUCUUUUUUUUCCCUUGAGCGAUGAUGUGUUGCUCGCAGUGUCACUUCAUAGGGAUUGUAAUCUGUACAUGGCAAACGAAAAUGUGAAGAUUUUGAUGCCUGUCGCUUUGGAUGGCCUGUA